GGCAUCUCUACAUCACUCCUCCUCAGUCUCUGUGCUGUGACUGCCAGCUAACAGAGCUAACAGAGCUAACAGCUGACGGUCUCCUCAGGCUAGGUACAAGGAGGCGAGCAGGAAGGAGGCGAGCAGCUGUCUGUACCACCAGCUACCUGUCACCAUGGACACGCUGCACGCUAAGGAGGCCACGGAGCUGCAGAGUCAGCUGAAGUACAGAGAAGGAGGUAAGAAGGAGCAGAGCUCCAGCCUUUACUCCGCUCUGCCUCACACGGAAGAGAUGAAGGCUGCUAAAGCUGCCAUGGAGCUCCAGAGUCAGAAUAAAUACAAGCAGAAAGGCCGGCAGCAGAUCAGCUGCAGUGUUUUCCACCAAAUGCCAGAAACCAAAGAGACGGAGUUCAUGAAGCAGAUCUCUGAGCUUCAGAGCGAGACUAAGUACAAGAAGGACAAAGAGGAUCUGUCCAACACGUUGUUCUCUCUGCUGCCUGAAACUCUGCACACUCAGUUUGUGAAAGAGAUGAAUGAGACUCACAGCGAGAGUAAAUACAAGGAGGCGAGUAGGAAGCAGCAGGUGAGCUCUCUGUACUCUGUGCUGCCGGAGACCAAAGACACUCAGCACGCCAGAGAGCAGACUCAGCUGCACAGUGAGAAGGUGUACAGGGAGGAGGGGAGGAGGGAGGCCGGCUGCAGUCUGUACGCACACAUGCCCCAAACCAUCGACACCGUGUUCGCCCGAGAGCUGAGCAAGACGCAGAGCGACAAGUCCUAUAAGGAGCAGUACAACCUCCAGAAGGGGAGGUGUAGCUACAGCUCCAUGAGAGCUCUGCCGGAGGUGGACCACGCCAUGGAGGUCACCAAGAAGCAGAGUGAAGUCAGCUACAGAAAAGGCAGAGAGGAGCUCCAUCACUGCAACUCGCUGGCAGACAGUCUCAACAUCCUCAACGCCACCAACGCCACCAAGCUGGCCAGCGACGUGGCCUAUAAGAGCAACACUAAGCAGCCCGUUUACAGCGACGGCUCUCUUUUGGACAGAACCGACAUCCAGCACGCCAAGGAGGUUUCAAAGCUGGCCAGCCAGGUGAAGUACAAGGAGAGCUUCGACAGAGAUUUAAAGGGCCAGAGGCCUCGUUACAACCCGCUGGACUGUCUCUCCUUCAGACACACACAAGCUGCUGCUGCUCUGGCCAGUCAGGUGAAGUACAAGAACCAGAACCAGAAGCCUGACUCCUCAGACCUGCCCAACCUGCUGCAGCUAGAGCACGUCCUGCACGCCACCAAGCUGCAGAGCAACGUGGAGUAUAAGAAGAAGUACAAAGAGAUGAAGGCUCAGUACCACACAGCUGUGGACACAGCUGAACAGCUCCACCACAAGGAGAACGCAGUGCUGCACAGCCAGGUGAAGUACAGAGAGGAGUACGAGAGAAGCAGAGGUCGCUCUCAGAUGGAGUUUGGAGACACUCAGACGUACAAAGUGACUAAAGAAGCUCAGAGGAUGCAGAGCGAGAGAGAGUACCGGAGGGACUAUGAGGAGCACAUUAAAGGUCAAGCCUUGGUGGACGCAGACCAGACUCCUGCAUACCUCACAGCCUGCCACGCUAGCAGCCUGCUGAGUGAGAAGGAGUACCGUAGGGACCUAGAGACGGACAUCGUGGGUAAAGGCAUGGAGCUGAGCGCCAACAUCCUCGACAUGCAACGAGCCAAGAGAGCCUCCGAGAUCCAGAGCCAGAGGUCCUACAAGCAGACGGAUCAGCUCAGGGAAAACUCCUACGGGACGGUCACAGAUACUCCUGAGCUGCUGCACGCCUCCUACCUCAAAGACGUCUACAGCCAGAAGAAGUACAAGGACGAGGCGGAGCGUCUGAAGGGAUGCUACAGUCAACUUUCAGAGACACCGGAGAUGGAGAGAGUCAAAGCCAACCAGAGACACAUCAGCUCUCUGCAGUACUGCUGGGACUCAAAGCUGAUGAGAGGCCUCAUGUCUUCAGUCACAGAGACGCCAGAGAUCGUCCUCGCCAGGGAGAACGCCAAGAGGAUCAGUGACGUACGUACACACACACACACACACGCACACACGCACACACUAACUAAAGAGCUCUUCAUAUCUUCCCACCAGGUGAAGUACAAGCAGAGUUCGGUGAAGGCCUCCAGUGUCGGAGUGACUCCAGAACUGGAGAGAGUCCGACAGAACCAGGAGAACAUCAGCUCGGUGAAGUACCAGCGCGACCUGCAGCAGAUGAAGGGCCACAGCUGCACCGAGCUGGACACACCUGAGUACAGGCGUGUCAGGAGGUCACAGGAUUCCGUCUCAAUGGCCAAGUACCACGAGGACUUCGAGCGGGCGCGCGGCCGAGGCUGCACGCCGGGAUUGGACGAGCCCAGCAUGGAGCGCUACCAGAGAGCCAAUCAGAUGAUGGGAGAGGCGGGAUACGGCAAAGGGAUCCACCCACAGGAGAUGGACAGACGACCUGGAGGCAUCAUCGUAGACCUGAAGGUGUGGAGGACCGACCCGGGCUCCAUCUUUGACUGUGACCCUCUGGAGGACGACAUCCAGUCCAAGAGCCUCCGCAGGAUGUCUGAGCGGGUCGAGCGUCGGCCGCUCUCCCAGCAGUCCGUCAGCUCGCUGACCUCUGACCUCUGGGACCACAGCAGCGCUGAAACCCCCGCUCCGGUCCUCCCUGGAGCGUACCAUCAGGGCGUCCACCAGCAGCAGCAGCAGCAUCACGGCUACAUGCACCAGACCAGCAUGUCGUCCGUCAGAUCCGUCACCUCCCCACCGCACGCCGCCACCAUGCGGGUCUACCGGGCGCUCUACGACUACGCGGCUCAGGACCACGACGAGGUGUCCUUCAGGGACGGCGACGUCAUCGUCAACGCGCAGGCCAUCGACGAGGGCUGGAUGUACGGCACCGUGCAGCGCACCGGCAAGUCGGGCAUGCUGCCGGCCAACUACGUGGAGUUCUGCAACUAGAGGAGGAGGGAGAGUUAAACCCGCCCCCUCACUGUCACUGCUAACCAAUCAGCAGUCAGGGAUGUUCUCUGCAUUUCAGGGACACGGUGAGGUCACAGCCAGAUGUGUAGGAUCUAAUAAAAACAUGCAGCCAUGACACGAUAUAUAGUCCAUCACAGACAACUCAGUGAGCGGGAAAUAGACCAGAAUGCAAUGCAGCUGCAGGGACAGGUAUAACAUAUUUAUAUUUCUGCCCAUUCACUUCUUCUCUAGGGUGUUAUUGAAAGGCAUUCUGGGAAACGUAGGCAAUCACUAACUAAAGAAGAAGCAGUCGUGGCUGAAAAAAAAAA